AUGCUAAGUUUGAUUGUUAAUAUCUCAAGUCAAGCAGCAGCAGCAGUUGAUAGUUUAACACGUUUAAUAGCAAGUGAAUUAGGUCUUCAUCAAAUUUGGUUGGAAUUGGCUGGAAUUGGAAUUGGAAUUGGUCGGAAUUGGUCAAGAAUUGGUUGGAAUUGGAAUUGGUUAGAAUUGGUUGAAAUUGACAUAGAAUUGACUCAAAAUGUCUAG